AUGGGUCCCGCGGGGGUCGCAGCGAGGCCGAGGCGCUUCUUCGGCGUCUACCUGCUCUACUGCCUGAACCCCCGGCACCGGGGCCGCGUCUACGUGGGGUUCACUGUCAAUCCUGCUCGUCGGGUUCAGCAGCACAACGGGGGUCGGAAAAAAGGCGGGGCCUGGAGGACUAGCGGGCGAGGGCCUUGGGAGAUGGUGCUCGUUGUGCACGGCUUCCCAUCCGCCGUAGCUGCCCUUCGGGAUGAACAGGGACCCUUGUGUUGCCCCCAUCCUGGCUGCCUCCUAAGGGCCCACAUGAUCUGCCUGGCAGAGGAAUUCCUUCGGGAAGAACCAGGGCAGCUUCUGCCCCUAGAGGGCCAAUGCCCCAGCUGUGAGAAGUCACUGCUGUGGGGAGACCUGAUCUGGCUGUGCCAGAUGAACACUGAGAAAGAAGAAGACUUGGAAUUAGAAGAGGCACACUGGACAGACCUGCUGGAGACCUGAUCCUUGGUGUUCCUAUCCCCCUCCUACCUCUUUUCUGUGCCACCUGCCAUGGAUCCAGAUAUGGCGGGUUUUUACUUGAAUACAAUAAAAAAAAGUCUGAGUCA